AUGGAGCAAGCCACAAAGCAAACUUUGAAAGACGACUACGAAGUAGCCUCUAGACUGAUGAGACGGCACCAGCUGGAGCCGACGGUUGAGGAAUUCAUGUCCCUGGUCCAACCAAUUCUCCACGAGGAGUUACCCACAGUGCGCUCCGAGAUCAGGCAGAGGGCAGAGCGAAUCUUCGACAACUGGAGAAGCCUUGAGUCCAUUGUGCAGCGUCACGAGGCCACCAUUCAGAAACGAUGGAUGAACAAAUCACUGAUGAAGAGAAGAGAGUUGAUUCUCACCACCUGGCCCAACAUGGCUCGAGACCACCGCCCAGACAUUGUUCUGGAGAACAAGUCCUGCAGUCCCAGGGAGUUAAAGAAGGAGAAGAAGCUAUUGCUGCAGGGGAAGCGAACACAGUACAAGAUGUAUGAGGGAUCGCAACGUGAGGCCUUACUAAUGCCAUACAUCAACCUACACGAUCUUACCAAAUCGGAGCCACUCCUGCUCAUGAUCAACGCCAGAGCACGCCAGCCUCCACAUGCAUUUUCCAGGCGGGACCUCCAGCUCUCUACACAAGGUGUUUGGCUGACCAAGUGGCGCUCUUUGGAAGGCUACGUUAUGGACUUCGACGGCCGGCAGUCAGGCCCAGAGACUUAUGGCGAAUUGCGAGAGGGAGAAUGGAAGAAUCUUGUCUCCUCCACGGGAGCUGACACUCGGCUUGCUAAUGGGACAAUCAACCCAGGAGACGGUCUAUGGAUCCUAGAGAUUCAAGACCGUAUCUACAAAUUUGUCUAUGACACCGUCAUCAGAAUACUCCACGACAUACCUACUGGCGACUUGACAGGACCCAAGUACAGUAUUCAGCCAGAGCCGCCUCUGCCCUCAGCAAACUCCCGAGCAGACAGCGUCGUCUCCCUCGCCACCACCAACUUGGAAGCCAUUUACUCCCCGCCCGGAAAAAUGGAUCUCCGUCGUCUCCAGCUGCUCGUGACUGCCAAAGCGAAUGAGGAAGAAGACAAACUUUGGGCUUUGCGUGAGGACCCUGGGCGCUUCUCGGAAGGGUUGAAGGAAUUCAUUGCCCAUCAACCUGAGUAUGUUGCAGAUCUACUCGGUGCACAACAUCCUGUAACCACCAUCGAUGGAUGCAGGAAGCAUUAUGGGUCCCAUAUCACAAACCUCGAGGACUUGUUUUCUUUUUUGUUCUUGCUGUCUAAUUUCCGUUCUGUCGAGUUCUGGGUCGGCCUUGAGCGGGACAUCACGGACCUGGUGGAACUGCAGAAGCAACACUUUGGCAGCAAGAUUAUCGAAUCAGGCGACCCGUUGCCAGAGCCUUUCGCGAUGGCAUUAGGCAAGUUUGAGUCUACUCUAUGCAAGUGUGUUGAGGAACGACUCUUCAUCCUGCGAAGGGCGGCCUAUUCAUCCCCACCGCUUCGACCAUAUGUUCGAAGAGCCUCACCCGAUAGCAUCGACCACUUCAACUCCUGUUCGGGCAAGCGGCCACCACAACACAUACUCGACUUCAUGUCUAUCUUGUUCCGACUUUUCCAACAAGACUCUCUCAUGAGCAAGGGCCACAUUUGCGGUGUCCAGUCGCUGAUGGAACAAUACGACAUGUUCAUCAACACCGUCCCAGACGCGCAAGAGGCCGUUUCUUCAUACGUAGCCCAAGAGAUUUCAACCCUGGCGUUGUUGUCCGAAUGUCUGCGACAGAUACAUCUCUUCCAGCCAUGGGCGACGACGGCUCACAGAGAGGUGGAGACGCCGCAUGUACAAGAUACUCCCGUGGCACAUCACUACGGGGAAGAGUGCGAGGAAUUCCCGCCUAAGGAGCUCAGGUUGAGUGUUCAGGUCUGGACAAUGGCUUCUGAUGUAGCAAAGAGCCCGUAUCCAGUCCACAAGAAACGCACCGCGAUGAAUGUGGACGCGAUGCAGAAGGCUGAGGCAUUGCUUGACCAGAUGUGGGCUGCAAUGCUGGGGGAAAUGGAAGAGCACGACUCUCUGAAACCACACUGCAAGAAGGUUCUUUUCUUCCAAGGCCGUCAGUUGCAGCGGACUCCGGACUGGGUUGAGCCAGUGACCUCCACCAAGAAGACACCACACCAAAUCGCAUCUCCCGAGGUCCUUGUGCAGUCCUUUGGUGGGCUCAACAUCGAUGACAACAAGGUGGAAAACUUCCCGAUAGAGAAGAUCAAAGUCAAGACACGUGGGACACCCGCUCCCCAAGCCUCGGCCUCAACGCAAGACGAGGAGACAGAGCAAGAAGACCAGGACCCAGCCCGUAUUAUCCAAGUCGACCGACGAGCCCUCAAAGUCUUCGGAGCACUCUUUCAUACACCUUCCUCAACGUCCAAGCCAGGUGAAGUGCCGUGGACUGAGUUCCUACACGCCAUGCGCUCCGCCGGCUUCAGAAUCGAAAAGCUGUACGGGUCGGUCUGGCAAUUCACGCCCCACGAUGACAGCGACGGCCACGUGGGCGCGGGUAUGAGGAGCAUCCUGUUCCACGAGCCGCAUCCUCAUUCCAAAAUCCCGUUCUGGGAUGCAAGGAGGCACGGGAGGAGGUUGACUCGCGCCUAUGGGUGGAGUGGGGAGACGUUUGUUGCGAGGUAG